UUUCGCCAUCAAAAAAUCGAUAAGUCGAAAGUCGACUUACGGAUCCCUAAUUCACAUUUGGAACAUUCAUUCGCCAUUCGCGGGGUUCUUAACAACAACCAACGACGACCAACGGAUCCGUGUGUUACGAGAUUACGAGAGUGCGAGAGUGUAUUGUUGAAGUAAGAUAAACCGAUUCAAACACAAUGUCGUUGUACCGUAUUUCAACGCGUAAAUUGCCAGAGGCUCAGAAAUUGAAUGCCUUCUUGGCCCAAUAUGCCCGUUUCUUCACUGCCGAUUCCGGUUUGCGUGAAGUCUUAGCCCAGAAAAUUCCCGCUGAACAGGAACGCGUCAAGAGCUUCAGGAAGCAAUAUGGCUCCUUCAAGAUGGGUGAAACUACCAUCGACAUGAUGUAUGGUGGUAUGCGUGGCAUUAAAGCCUUGGUUACCGAAACUUCAGUCUUGGAUGCUGAUGAGGGUAUCCGCUUCCGCGGCCUUUCCAUUCCUGAAUGCCAAAAGGUAUUGCCCGCUGCUGAAGGUGGCGCUGAACCCUUGCCCGAAGGUCUCUUCUGGCUCUUGAUGACCGGUGAUGUUCCCACCAAGGCUCAGGUCAAGCAGUUGUCUCGCGAAUGGGCUGAACGUGCUGCCCUGCCCCAACAUGUUGUCACCAUGUUGAACAACUUCCCCACCACCUUGCACCCCAUGUCCCAAUUUUCGGCUGCCAUCACUGCCUUGAACCACGACAGUAAAUUCGCCAAGGCCUACUCAGAGGGUGUUCACAAGUCCAAGUACUGGGAAUACGUCUAUGAAGACAGCAUGGACUUGAUUGCCAAAUUGCCUGUCGUUGCUGCUACCAUCUACUGCAACACCUACCGCAAUGGCAAGGGCUCCAAGACCAUCGACCCCAAUUUGGAUUGGUCCGCCAACUUCGUCAAGAUGUUGGGCUAUGACGAUCCCCAAUUCACCGAAUUGAUGCGUCUCUACUUGACCAUCCACAGUGACCACGAAGGUGGCAACGUAUCCGCUCACACUGUUCACUUGGUUGGCUCCGCCUUGAGCGACCCCUACCUCUCCUUCGCCGCCGGCAUGAACGGUUUGGCCGGUCCCUUGCACGGUUUGGCCAACCAAGAAGUCUUGGUUUGGUUGCGCAAAUUGCAAAGGGAAGCCGGUAACAAUCCCUCUGAGGAACAACUCAAGGACUACAUCUGGAAGACCCUCAAGUCCGGCCAAGUCGUUCCCGGCUACGGUCACGCUGUACUCCGCAAAACAGAUCCCCGAUAUACCUGCCAACGCGAGUUCGCCCUCAAGCAUCUGCCCAACGACGAACUCUUCCAAUUGGUGUCCAAGAUCUACAAGGUCGUGCCACCAAUCCUCACCGAAACCGGCAAGGUCAAGAACCCCUGGCCCAAUGUAGAUGCUCACUCCGGUGUCCUGUUGCAAUACUACGGCAUGAAGGAAAUGAACUACUACACUGUCUUGUUCGGCGUCUCCCGCGCUCUCGGUGUGUUGGCCUCCCUCAUUUGGGAUCGUGCUUUGGGCUUGCCCAUCGAACGCCCCAAGUCCUUGUCCACAGACAUGCUCAUGAAGAUGGUUAAGAAGUAAAUUAUUAACAAAUACCGUACACAGUAAUAAAACCAAAAACUAUUUCUAAAAACAACAACAAAGAUAUCUGUCAAGUCUGGAGGAACUCGUCAAAAUUAUUCGAAAGCGUACACUGAUUUCGAAUUAUUUUGAUUGUAUUGCCAUGAUGCGAGGAUAUAUAACUAGAGAAGAAACCACAACAAAACAACAACAAAACACAUUUACUUAACGAAUUAAUGCUUAAUUAAUUUUAAUUUAAUUUAAAUAAUACAACAAACAAACAACAAAAAUAAAAACCCUAAAAUAAACAAAACAUGUUGUGAAUAUUAUUUGUUUAUACAAAAGAGAAAAUAAUAGUAGUAAAUCAAAACGGUUAUACUCAAAAACUGUCCUUUAGCUGUAAUCAGAUUCAAUAUUUUGGAUUUCCUCAUAAACAAUGUAUUAUUAUUAUUUUUUUUUUUUCAAUUAUCAAAGCAUAAUGCGAUAGGUGGGUGACCUAUCUCACACCUAAAAUAUCUAGAACAAUAAUCUACCAAAUGAAAUUAUUCAAAUAUUUUGAAUAAAAACAAGUUUGUAGUGUUCAUCGUUGUAAUGAAAAUGAAACGUGUAGUUGGAAUUUUGAAAACAAUAAAGUAAUUGAAAAGAAAUACUAUCUUAAAAUUAAA